AUGUCCGAUGGUCUGCAAAUUGCCCAACCCGAAACGUACCCCGAGGCAAUCAAUCGGUAUUCUCCAAACAGCGAUACCAAAUUGCCACAGUUCCACGAUAACGACCGCGAAUACCUCCCUGAUGACUUGACACGGACACGUACGCGGUCGACACAACGUCACUUGUCCUCCAAUCCGCCCUCACGUAGUGAUCAAUCUGAAUACAACGGUACACUCGAGAUUCCCGCUGAAAUGUGGAGAAAGGUCUUUGCACAUCGACGACGCAACUUUUGGAUCCUCUGUUCUCUUUCUAUCGUCAUAGUGGGUGCGCUCGUGGGCGGUAGUAUUGGAGGAGCGCUUUUCGUACAGGACAAAGCUGACAAGGCUGCGGCUGCUGCGAGUUCAACCGCAUUGGCGACACCAACAAGCACAGCAUCGGCGAGUCCAACCAACUCAGGCCAGGAUGAAGAUGCCUACACAGCUCGGCCCUUUGGUGCCGUCCAGUCAAUCAACACAACAUGUCCAUCAACGCUUCUUGUCUCGAGCCAACUGGAAGGCAAAACCUCGGAUAUCAGUAGUCGUUAUACGUACAGCUGCCUCGAUAGCACCAACAUACUGGUUCUGAAUCUCAUGAGCUUCACUGCAUAUACCUUGGAGCAAUGCGUUGACGCGUGUAGUCAAUACAACGCCAUGAAGAAUGACAUGAAUACUACAUGUAAGGCGACGGUGAUCAAUUCAGACUUCCGGAAGAAUUAUGAGAGUGGGAUCGGCGCCAACUGUUGGCUCAAGGGCGGGGUUGGAAGUGCAAGUACGGCAAAGACUGGGUACACUGCGGCGGUGCUGAAGGAGUAG